ACAAAAUGCACAUUUAAAAUGGCGCGUUCACCGCUCAGAAGAGACCACUGGAGGGAGCCCUCGUUUAUAACUACUUCCAGUAAAGUUUCCAGCAUACCGUACUUUAGAUUGUUUCGUUUCGCAUCAAAAGAGGACAAGUUGAUGAUAACGGUUGCUAUGUUAGCGACCAUCUUUGCUGCACUCUCUCUUCCUUUUGCAAUAACAAUUGUGGCAAACGCGUUCCAAAGUAUGAUUGAUUACGACAAAUCCAUCACGUAUGGCACAAAUAACGCUGAAGAAUUUAUGAAUAACAUGCACUGGUUUGGUAUGAAAUACUCUUGCAUAGGCGUUAUAUUAUUUGCGGGUGGAUAUGUCGGGACAGCGUUCAUGAAUAUAGCUGCUAUAAACCAGGUGUUUAAAAUUCGUGAAGCAUAUAUGCGAGCCGCUAUGAAUCAGGACUUCACUUACUAUGAUGAGCAUUCAACCGGAGAUUUGGCUUCCAAAAUGACUAGUGAUCUGAUAAAACUGGAGGACGGUAUUGGAGACAAGUUGACAGCUACGGUGUACAAUUUGGCUAUAGCUCUGGGAUGCAUCGUGAUGUCGCUGUUGAAAGGCUGGAAACUGGCAUUGCUGUGCCUGCUGACAGCACCCAUUUCGUUUUUGCUCGUUGGAGUUACUGGCGCACUUGCCCAUCAUUUAUCGAAGCGAGCAGCAGUACAAACAGGUCUAGCAAGUGCCAUUGCAGAAGAGGUUCUGAGCUCUAUUCGCACAGUUUUUGCCUUUAACGGACAAAACACAGAAGUUAAAAGAUACUCUAAACCUUUAGCUAAGGCGCGAAAAAUUGAAAUAAAAAAAGAGUUCUUCACGGGUCUGUCCAUGGGUUUCUUGUUCUUUUGCAUAUUUUGCUCUUAUGCCCUGUCUUUUUACUUUGGCAUUUAUCUUAUAAUCAACGAACCAGAAAACUAUAACGCUGAUGUCAUGUUUUCGGUAUUUUUCGGAGUAAUGACGGGUCUAGGUAAUUUAGGCAUGGUCGGUUCACUUUUCACGGCAUUUGGUUCAGCGCGUGGCGCGGGCGCAUCGAUUUUCCAACUAAUAGACAACCUGCCUGUGAUUAAUCCAUUGCUUGAACGUGGAAUUAGACCAAAGCAAAUUUAUGGAAAUGUAGAAUUAAGAAAUGUUUGGUUUGACUACCCCUGCAGACGCACUGUGCCUGUCCUGUGUGGCUUGAGCAUAGAAAUAAGGCGAGGCCAGUCAGUGGCGCUGGUCGGCCCUUCCGGCUGCGGCAAAUCCACUGUCAUAUCCCUAAUAUCCCGGUAUUACGACGUGACGGAUGGCAGUGUGUUAAUAGAUGGAACAGAUGUAAGAUCGCUGUCGGUGCAGUGGCUCCGUGCGCAGAUCGGGAUUGUGGGCCAAGAACCCGUGCUGUUCAACACUUCGGUGCUAGAGAAUAUCCGCUACGGGCGGGAGGACGCCACAGACGCGGAAAUAACAGCCGCUGCUAAACAGGCGAAUGCGCAUGACUUUAUUAUGUAUCUUCCAAAGGGUUAUGCAACCCUGGUAGGUGAGAGUGGGGCGUCAUUGUCUGGUGGUCAAAAACAGCGUAUUGCGAUAGCGCGAGCACUGAUUCGCAACCCGGCCAUUUUGAUGCUCGAUGAGGCCACUAGCGCUUUAGAUACUACCUCCGAAGCUAAAGUUCAACUUGCCCUUGACCAAGCUUCUCAAGGACGCACGACUUUAAUAGUGGCUCAUCGGCUAUCUACGAUUCGCCGUGUAGAUACUAUAUACGUUAUGAAUGAAGGACAGGUGGUCGAACGCGGUUCACACAUGGAGUUAGUUGCUAAAAAGGGCAUGUACUAUAACAUGCUAAUUCUUCAGGAUCCCCUUGCUGUCGCCGAGAGGGAUCAAAAUGCUACGGUCAGUCGAGAAGACCUUGUUUCGGUCACCGGGACAGUACUGUCAACGGCAUCCACAAACAGCUAUAAAAGUUUUAUGUCGAAAGAAGAAGUUAAAGGCAUGGCGAUUGGGCUGUCCUUCUGGAGCGUCAUAAAGCUAAACGCGCCAGAGUGGAAGUCCAUCACAGUGGGCUGCGUGUGCGCUACUGCCAUUGGCUUGGCAAUGCCGCUAUUUGUACUAGUUUUUGGAGAUCUGUUCGGAUCGAUGGCGGAUACUCAACCUGAGAAAUUGAUGCUAAAAGUGUCGCACGUUUCGACAGUGUGUAUCAUUAUCGGCAUAAUAAUGGGGCUAUCUCAUUUGAUUGAGACUUUGUCAUUUGGAAUAGCGGGGUCGUACCUAACGCAGCGUCUACGUCUACGCAUGUUUGAACACCUACUACAGCAGGACGUAUCGUACUUUGAUGACAGAGCUAAUUCUACGGGCGCCCUAUGCGCUCGGUUGUCCGGAGAAGCUUCUCAUGUGCAAGGUGCUACUGGCAGUCGUGUAGGGGUAAUUCUCCAAGGUGCUGCUUCGAUAUGCCUAGCGUUAACCUUGGCCAUGCUAUAUGAAUACCGUGUCGGAUUAGUGUCUUUAUGUUUCUUCCCCUUUGUCGCUAUCGUCGUUUACUUUGAAAGUCAAGCUGUUACCCAGGAAUCUUUCGGAAACGCCAAGACACUUGAGAACAGUACUAAGAUAGCAGUAGAAACAAUGUUAAAUAUUCGUACUGUGGUGUCUCUUGGACGUGAAAAGCAAGUGCUAAAGGAGUAUACGGCCCAGCUGCGACCGGCGUUGAGGCCUGCCAAACGGACAGCCCAUUUCAGAGCAGUGGUCGCGGGCCUUUCAAGGUCUAUUUUCAACUUUAUCAACGCUGCUGCUCUCACGUAUGGUAGCCACUUGAUUGUCUCCGAAGGACUUCCGUAUAAAAAUAUUAUUAUAACGACGCAGUCUCUGCAAAUAGCGUCAAGUCAAGGUCAAAACGCGUUCGCAUACGCGCCGGAAAUACAGAAAGGCAUCAACGCAGCGUCAAGAGCAGUCGCUCUUUUAAAUACCCGGCCCAAGUUAAAGGACCCUGAAGUACCUGCUGCCGAUCCAUUUGUGUCGGAUGGCCAAGCGAGCUUUAAUGACGUGAUAUUCAAGUAUCCAACAAGAUCUAACGUCAAAGUUUUGCGGCGAAUGGAUUUAGAGAUCGAGAGCGGAAAGACCAUCGCGUUGGUGGGUGAAAGUGGCUGCGGUAAAAGCACUGUCAUCAAACUUUUACAGCGGUUUUAUGACCCCGACGAUGGGACUGUAGCCUUAGAUGGAACUCCUAUACCCCAAUUGCGAAUUAACGAGGUUCGUGCCAGCUUCGGUUUAGUCGCCCAGGAACCAGUACUCUUCGACCGCACUAUAGCUGAGAAUAUUGCCUAUGGAGAUAACUCGAGAACUCCGUCUCAAAGGGAGAUUGAGGACGCGGCAAAGCGAGCCAAUAUUCACAACUUUAUUGUAGGAUUACCACUUGGUUACGAUUCAAAUAUCGGUACAAAAGGCGUCCAACUAUCCGGUGGUCAGAAGCAGAGAGUGGCAAUCGCAAGGGCUUUAGUGAGAUGUCCAAAAAUACUACUGCUGGAUGAAGCGACCAGCGCUCUUGAUACUGAGAGCGAAAAGUUGGUACAAGCAGCUUUAGACCAGGCGAAAGUUGGUCGCACCUGUGUUACGAUCGCACAUCGCCUCAGCACAGUCCGUGACUCCGACGUCAUUUGUGUACUAGAACAUGGUCGAGUCGCUGAGACAGGCACGCAUGAUCAACUUAUGAAAAUUAAAAAACUGUAUUACCACCUUCAUAAACGAAUUUCGUCAUAAAGUAGGUCGU